AUCCUCUUCUUCCAUCUCAAGUCGCAUCUCAUUCAUUUUCGUUAAACCCUAUAAACUCCACUCUCCACACUCUUCACCUGCACAACGACGUCGUUUCUAUCCGUAUAACCAUGAACCCUUCCACCCUCACUCCUUCAUCUUCCCGUUCUCUUCUAUCACCCUCUCCUUUCCUCCAACCAACAACCUUAAACCACCAACGACGCCGUUUCAGGGUCUCCUUCCCUCGCUGUUCCGAUGACCGCACUUCCUCAUCCUCUUCUCCCCCUCCGCCGUCCAAACCGCAGAGGGACCUCAAGGGACUCGAAGUCCUCGUUGACAAGUUGUCGCCGCCUGUCAGGCUAGCCACCUCCGCCGUCAUCGUUGCCGGCGCUGUCGCCGCCGGGUAUGGCCUCGGGACGCGCUUUGGUGGCAGUCGAACUGCCGCGUUGGGCGGUGCUGUCGCUCUAGGCGCCGCCGGUGGUGCCGCAGCGUAUGCACUGAACGCCUCUGCUCCGCAGGUUGCGGCGGUGAAUUUGCAUAACUACGUUGCUGGAAUUGAUGACCCUUCGAAGUUGAAGAAGGAAGAUAUUGAAGGCAUUGCCAAUAGGUAUGGUGUGAGCAAGCAAGAUGAGGCUUUUAAGGCAGAGAUUUGUGAUAUAUACGCCGAGUUUGUGUCGUCUGUCCUUCCUCCUGGUGGUGAGGAACUUAAAGGUGAUGAGGUUGAUAGGAUAAUCAGUUUCAAGAAUUCCAUAGGGAUUGAUGACCCAGAUGCAGCAGCUAUGCAUAUGGAGAUUGGUAGGAAAAUCUUCAGGCAAAGGCUGGAAGUUGGGGACCGUGAUGCUGAUAUUGAACAACGCCGGGCGUUUCAAAAGUUGAUUUAUGUGUCGAAUCUUGUAUUUGGAGAUGCAUCAUCAUUCCUUCUGCCUUGGAAGCGUGUUUUCAAGGUCACUGAUUCCCAGGUUGAAGUAGCUGUCCGUGACAAUGCUCAGCGAUUGUAUGCUGCGAAGCUGAACUCAGUUGGCAGAGAUAUUAAUGCAGGACAACUUGUUGCACUUAGGGAAGCUCAAAUUUUAUAUCGCCUUUCUGAUGAGGUUGCGGGGAACUUGUUUAGAGAGCACACAAGGAAAUUGGUGGAGGAAAAUAUUACCACAGCGAUUGGUGUUCUUAAAUCUCGCACUAGAGGAGUUCCUGGGGUCAGCCAAGCAGUUGAGGAGCUUGAUAGGGUAUUGUCAUUCAAUAAUUUACUUACCUCAUUCCAGCACCAGAUAGAUGUGGAUCGGUUUGCCCGUGGUGUCGGUCCAGUUUCUUUAAUAGGUGGUGAGUAUGACGGUGAUAGAAAAAUAGAGGACUUGAAACUUCUUUACAGGGCAUAUGUUUCAGAUGCUUUAUCUGGUGGGCGCAUGGAAGAUAAUAAGAUUGCUGCACUAAAUCAAUUGAGAAAUAUAUUUGGAUUGGGCAAACGCGAGGCAGAAGCCAUUUCACUUGAUGUUACAUCCAAGGUAUAUCGUAAACGACUUGCACAGUCUGUCACAGAUGGCGAGUUAGAGAUGGCAGAUAGCAAAGCAGCAUUCCUUCAAAAGCUAUGUGAUGAAUUGCAUUUUGAUCCAGAAAAGGCCGGUGAACUUCAUGAAGAAAUUUACCGGCAAAAGCUUCAGCAAUGUGUGGCUGAUGGGGAGCUCAGUGAGGAAGAUGUUAAAGCUUUGUUGAGGCUACGUGUGAUGCUGUGUGUACCUCAACAGAUUGUUGAAGCAGCGCAUGCAGAUAUCUGUGGCAGUUUGUUUCAAAAGGUUGUCAGAGAAGCAAUUGCAUCCGGGGUUGAUGGAUAUGAUGCUGAAACCAAGAAAUCCGUACGAAAAGCAGCACAUGGCUUGCGACUUACCAGGGAGACUGCUAUGUCUAUUGCAAGCAAGGCAGUAAGGCAGAUAUUUAUUAACUACAUAAAUAAAGGGGAGUCGGCUGAUGCCUCAACUGAAGAACCAGUGAAGGAGGACAUUGUUGUGACAACAGAAGAUGAAGAAUGGGAUUCAAUUCAAACACUCAAAAAAAUUAGACCAGACAAAGAACUCGUGGAAAAAUUGGGAAAGCCUGGCCAGACAGAAAUUACUCUUAAAGAUGACCUUCCAGAAAGGGACAGGACUGAUCUUUACAAGACGUACUUACUUUACUGUCUAACCGGUGAAGUGACAAGGGUUCCAUUUGGUGCUCAGAUCACUACAAAGAAGGAUGAUUCAGAAUAUAUUUUUCUAAAUCAGCUCGGUGGGAUCCUGGGAUUGAGUGGUAAAGAAAUAGUUGAAGUACAUAGGAGUCUAGCCGAGCAAGCAUUUAGGCAACAAGCUGAGGUAAUUUUAGCUGAUGGACAAUUAACGAAGGCCAGGGUGGAGCAGCUUAAUAACCUGCAGAAGCAAGUAGGUUUACCUCAAGAAUAUGCUCAGAAAAUAAUCAAGAGUAUAACCACCACAAAGAUGGCAGCGGCCAUUGAAACUGCUGUGACACAAGGAAGGCUCAAUAUUAAGCAGAUUAGAGAACUUAAGGAAGCCAAUGUUGAGUUAGACAGCAUGGUAUCCGAGAACUUGAGGGAGACCCUCUUCAAAAAAACUGUUGAGGAUAUUUUCUCAUCAGGCACCGGAGAGUUUGAUGAGGAUGAAGUAUAUGAAAAAAUCCCGAUGGAUCUCAACAUUAACAAAGAGAAAGCAAGAGGGGUUGUUCGUGAGCUCGCACAAGCUAGAUUAAAAAACUCGCUUGUCCAGGCCGUGUCGCUAUUAAGACAGAGAAAACAUCCAGGAGUGGUUUCUUCUCUCAAUGAUUUGCUGGCUUGUGACAAAGCAGUACCUGCACAACCGCAAUCAUGGGAAGUGCCAGAGGAACUUGCUGAUUUAUACACUAUAUACUUGAAGAGUGAUCCGACUCCUGAGAAAUUGGCGAGAUUGCAGUAUCUACUCGGCAUAAGUGAUUCUACAGCAGCUGCUCUAAAGGAUGUUGGAGAUGCUUUGCUCAAUAGCACUGCUGAGGAAGAGAACUUUGUAUUCUGAGUGUUGUAUUAAAAUGUUUGCCAUUAGGCAUAUUGGUAGCUGCCACAAGUCUGCCAUUUUUUGUUCAGCAGUAGUGAAAGAGAAACGAUUAUGAUGUAAUUCUUCAGAAUAAAGAUGAUCGCAGUGUUAGGUGUUGAAAUUUCUGAUAAGCAUUAUAUUGUAACAGUUAAAUUUAAUAGGUUGCGGUAUUUUUCUUUUUUAUUGUAAUGACUAAUGAGUGAAGAUGAGUAAAAUUACUGUCAAACAAUACCAUAUCCUAUCUUUCCUCUUAAAAUUUUUGUAACGUUUUUACUCCCCUUCUAUUUUGGGUCGUGAUAACAUGUAUUUUCAUCAUUAGCCUACAUCACAAUUUGUGUGGAGACAAUAUUCUGUAAUCUGUAGCAUUGGAAGGGUAAAGUGUAUUCUCAAAGAGAAAUAUUGUGUAUUUAUUUUGCUUUGAAUGUUGAAUUGAUAUAGAUUUUUUCAUCAA